AGAGCGACAGUGGCGUUCAGCUUGUCGUUGUGUGAAGUUGUAUUUCUGCGCUUUCGAUGUCAAUUAUGUGAUUUUGAACGAGUGGAAUAGUUUUUGGUUGUUUUGUUUAGAUAUACGACUGUAAAAAGGCUUCUUUGAUAAUAUGGAUAACGUGUCAGUGUCAAAGGGUGUUUUUGCACACAAAGGUGCAUACAAAAUUGGGAAUAAGCAUACAAAAUUUGAACCAUUGGAUUUUUUAAACGAACCAUGGUAUCUCACUUAUAGCGAAACGUGGAAAAGCAUUCAAAAUGCUAUAGAGGAUAUAAGGUCCAGUAUGUUCCAACAAAUUUUGAAUGAUUUAGAAUCUUUUGUCUCUAAAAUUAAAGCUAAACCAAUUGAGCAAUUUGAAAAUGAAAUACAAACAGCCAUUUUAUUAACAGGAGUUAAUGUCUCUGAUCAUUCGAUAAUGUUUCAAAGAGUAAUUUCCAAGUUAGAACCAAUAACAAAGCAUAUUGCUGUCAUACUGAGUAGGGACUCGAAUAAUAUAAAGAAUCUCGUAGAAGAAUCAAUUUAUCAGUUGAUGAAUAAUGAAAAGGAUGAAGAAGAUAUUCUAACUAAAAAGAAUCAAUGUCAUAUGAGAAAUCUUAAGCUAUGGUACCAACAAAAUUGUGAUCAAAAUGAUCCCCUUGUUAUACUGAUAACUGAUUUUGAAAGUUCUUCUCCUGAAGUAUUACAUGAUUUUAUUUUAAUAUUAAGUUCAUAUACAAGUUCAAUGAAAUUUAUUCUUAUAUUUGGUGUUGCAACUACCUUGCAUGCCAUUCAUAGAUCUUUAACAUACGAUGUUACAUCAAAGUUGAAUGUUCAAGUAUUUCAUAUGCAGAAACAAAUUGACAUUUUGUCAGAUGUGUUAGAAAAAACUGUUUUUUGCACAAACAUUCCGUUUAAAUUAAUUGGGCGCGCGUUUCAGUUUUUAACGGAUAUUUUUUUGUUCUAUGAUUUCUCUGUAGAGAAUUUUUUACAUAGUUACAAGAUAUGUAUGAUACAACACUUUUACGCGAACAAUGUAAAUUCUCUUUGUUGUCAACCGCAAAAGAUAAAACAUCGGAUGUCUUGUUUAACAGACGAGGAUUUGACAGAAAUUAAAAAAUUACCCUCUAUAGAAAGAUAUAUUGAACAACAUACGAGUGAUGAGAAUAAAGAUGAAUUGCUUGAUAAUGAUAGGUUCAAGGAAACAUUGUCGCAACUGCUAAAUAAAUUUCACCAAUAUAUGCACCGAUUUUUAAUAACAGUCAAGUGUCUCCACGAUCUCACGUCGACACUGCCAAACGCGCCAAUGGGCAAACAGCUGCGCGAAUAUUACACGAGAGCAGUCUACGCGAAAGAUCUAAGAGAAUCUCAAGAGUAUAAAGAAUGCCUGCAAUUAUUGAACUUUUUGUCGAAGAAGGAAAUGCUUGGAAAAUUGAACUCUCUUGCAGCAAUUAUGAAAAGUUCGAAGGAUCCAGUUAUGAAUAAAGUUAAAGCGGAUUUACAGAGCCAUAUAAAAACAAUCGAGGAAGCUGGUUUAGAAGUAGCCUCGAAUCCUGUCGAUAUUGUUUCCACCGGUGAAAAACUCAGUCGACUUCAACUGAAAGAGAAAUUAUUGAAACUGUCGCAAACGCAAUCUCGAUCGCCUUAUAAGAUAGCCCAACAGGAUGUGAUUGAUUAUUUGGAUCAGAAAGUAUUCUCUGUGUACUUGGUCAAUCCUCAUUAUGUACCAGCCAACGAGAUAUUUUGCUUCAGCGAUGGAAAUUUAGCGAAACAGCAUAUCCGUGGGUCUUUGAGAGCUGCCAUUCAUACUGGAUUAAAUGAUCCACACGUAUACUUAAAUUGCGAGUGCUGCAAAUUGGAGAAUGACGACGCCAUUCCGUCCACGCUGCCUGACCUCAGUAUAAUUUACAAGUUGCACUUGGAAUCCAGGAAGCUGAUCAAUAUGUACGACUGGUUGCAGGCAUUUUUAAUCAUCGUGGAUCCAGCAAGCAGCGCAAGGGAGCAACGGGACGUGGAUCCGAAAUUACAAGCUCGUUUCACUCAAGCAGUUGCUGAACUAGAGUUUCUCGGUUUCAUCAAGAGCUCGCGGAAGAAAACGGACCACGUUAAGCGACUCACAUGAUCAUCCCUUACUUAAUUUCCUUUUUUUUAUACAUUUCGAAUCCUUUCAACUAAAAAAAAAAAAGAAACCUUGCUUUCUACAUUUAGAAAGUAGAAAUAUCUCUCAUUUGAAAGUCUUGUCCCGAUCCUUCAAUUUAUUACAUCAGUACCUUUUUCUUCCUGUGCGUUUUCAUCCUAAGAGACACUUUCCAGUUCUUUUUCGUUUAUAUGGAUACUUAGCUUAGGUUACAAAUGAGAUUCAUUUUGUAUUUUUUUGAAAUUUGCGUUUUAAUAAAGGAAAAAGAAGAGAGA